AAUGAAACAUUAACAAAUCUUUCUAAAGCUUAUGUAUCAUGGGAAUCAGCAUAAGGUUGAUGCUUGUUGUUUCAUACCUUUUAAUUGUACUUUUAAACUGCAAUCCAUUUGUCCAUUUUGACUUGAACCAUAAAAUGAAUUUUUAAAUGUUUGCUUAGUUAUCUUUUUUUAAACUACCUUUUAAAUAGUUUUUUAAAAUUACAAAUACAAGCCUAAAAUAUUAUAUAUAGUUGUUACCGGCUUAUUGUAGCCCUCAAUGUUUUGAAUCAGCAGAUUUGACAAGUCAUGCCUAUCUAUUUAAAUCAAGGGAAGUUAUAGGCCUUGAUAAUCCUGGUGGGAAUGUUACUUUAUUGCAGUUGACAGAUUAAAUAGGAAGAAUUAAGAUGGGAUGUCUAUUAUACCAGUGUUUUCUGUAUUAGAUAUAACAGUUUUAGUUAAAAUCUUACAAGGUAGUGGAAUAAGAGCUUGCUUUUCUGUUUCCCAAUGAGGUAGUUUUCUCUAGGAUAUUUUGGACUUUUUGAAUUUUAUUGCAGCACAGUGUUCAGAUCAUCACUGUGUAACACUGAAGAGGUCUAUUCAAGUUUCAGUUAUCUUACCUAAAAUGGGUAUAGUUUCCUAAACUGGUUCCUAACAAUGUGUUUCUGAACCAAGAACUAUGACUUUAAAAAGUCAUUUUCAGGCUGGGGCUGGGGCUGAGCGAUAGAGCGCUGGCCUAACAGGCGGGAGGCCCUGGGUUGGAUCCUCAGCACCCCCAAAAAAAAUAAAUCAACAAAAUAAAGAUAUUGUGUCCAACUACAACUAAGAAAUAAAUUAAAAAAUAAUGUAUCACUUUCACAUCUUAACCAUGUUAUUGUGUGUUAGCAUAGUUGGUAAUAUUUCCCACAAUACCUUCCAUAGAAUUUUGGCUCUCAGAUGUUUCUUCCAGUAAACCUUUGCUAUUGGAGUUGAAGUUAAUCCACAGGUAUAAUAUAUUUUCCUUGGAGUUUCUAGGAAAGGGUAAAAAAGUUUUUUUGUCUGACAGCAGAAAUGAUGUGGGGCUCUAAUAUUGCAGUCUUGUUUUUUUAAAGGAAAUUCCUCCUUAACUCUUACCCUGAAAAUACGACUUAGUGAUAACUAUACAAGACAUUGUUUUCUUAGAGAACAUUUUGUUUAUCCUACAUGCUUAAUCUGGUUUAUGGAUAAAGUCCUUGAAAUCAUUGACCCAUCCCGUUUCUAUUUUUGAGAUACAUAAAACUAUUUUCUCAUCAAGAUGUUCCUUCUGUUCAAUUUCACACCUUGUAUGGGUUUCUGGACUUCUCUGUACCCUUCAUAUUCUUUUAGUCUCUAGGGUCCCAGUCCCUCGUCUGCUGAGCCAGUUUUAUAGACUCAGCCAAAAUAAGAAAAUGAAAUGAGGCAAAGGGAUGAACCUGAUUAAUCUAUUAAAUUUAUAAGUACUCCUGUUUACUUCCUUCUUGGCCCUAAUUUGAUUUUAAACCUAGUGCCUGGUUCUUUUUUAAAAGUGAAUUUAGGUUUCCAGUAUUUUAAAAGAAUUGAAGUCCUAUUGUCAAAAGCUCACUCACAGAAUUGUGUUAGAAUUACUAGAAAUACAAAAUCUGGGCUGGUGAUGUAGCUUAAUGGUAGAGUGCUUGUCUAGCAUGUAUAAACACCUGGGCACUGCAAAAAAGUACAUAUAUAUGAGGCCCUGUUCUGGAACUGGGCUCAGUUUUAACACUACGGCCAGAUGUUUUAUGUGAACAUCAGUGUUUCAAAGGCACAGCUGUAAUCUAUAGUUUUGUUUAGAGGGGAAAACUGGCACUUUAUUCAACAAAAUAUUAACGUUCCUGUGUUCCAAGGGUUCAAAAUAAAGAAACCAUGUUAUAAAUUAGCAACUUACUGAGGCUGUGGUUUUUUUUUUUUUUUUUUUUUUUUAAAUAUUUUAGUUGUAGUUGGACCCAAUACCUUUAUUUUUAUAUGGUGCUGAGGAUGGAACCCAAGACCUCGCAUGUGCUAGGCAAGUGCACUACUGGUGAGCCACAACCCCAGCCCCUGAGGCUGGUUUUGAACUUGUGAUUCUGUUUCAACCUCCCAAGCCACUGGGAUUACAGGCAUGCUAUGUUACAAAUUUUAAAGUUAGAAGACAAAUGAUUUUUCAAUUAUUUCUUCAAUAAAGAUAAACAGUCCUUUGGGACAUGGCAGGUUACAUCUAGGGGUACUAAGAGGAAUUGACUCUUUGAGUUUUCUAGGUGUCAAAGAAGGGAAUAGUAUUUCAUACAGGAGGGUUAGCAUAUAUUGAGACUAUAGAUGUGAAGAUAUCCCACAUUUGGGGUUUACAGAGAGCAUGAAGUUGUAAUGAGAAAAGAGGUGAGAGUUUGGAUUGUAAACUUUGUUUUUGCCCACACUUUGUGAAUAGUGUAUCACAGACAUGGUUCCAAACAGUAGCCAAUGUAGCAGGUAUUACUUUAUUAUCCUCUAUAGAGGAUAGGAAAGAAGCACAGAAGCAAAUGCAAGUCAGUGUUCAAAUCCUGGUAGUCAAGGGAGGAGAGGGAUUCAAGAAUGAGGGAGUAAUUGAUGCAUUAAUGAAAAAUUAAGGCUUCCUUAGAUAAGAGCUGAAAAUCCCCACUGGAUUUAUCAGAUCACUGGCAAGUUUAGCAAUUUCAAUUUUAAGUUAAAAGGUGUGUGUGUAUGUUACAUUAAAAUGGUUAGGAAAGUACCCAAAAAAGGAAAGGAUCAGGUAGUAGGUCCACAUUAGGGAAGCAGAAAUUUCAUGGUAUGAAGGGCAGUGGAGUCAAAUCUGUAUUUGGAUGGCUCUGCCACUUCUGUGUGAUGCUGAGUCAAAUGGUAAAUUGUCCAAGGAAGCCUCAAAUUAGGACUUAAGAUUUUUCAUAAAAUCUUCUUUCCUAAAGCCGUUGCAGGGUGGUUUUGAGGAUUAAAUGAGAUUAAUGUAUGUGAAGUCCCUGGAACAUGGUAGGUACUCUGUAAAAUGAAAUUAAGGUUGAGGGAUGGUUGAUUUGUAAAAAGAAUUUUUCUAGAUUGAGAAACCCAAAAUGAAUUUAGUUGAAUUCUAGAUUGAGGCCCAAAAUGAAGAGUCUAUAGGGAGAGGGAAGGGAUUGAUCUGUGGUUUCACAACUGGUGAAACCUGCUGUCUGGUGCUCACUCCUCAAAGGAGAAGUGACGCCAGAAUUUCGACUUGGAUGAAUACACACAGUGUAUGCUCAAGCAAAGUAUUCCUUUAUGCCUCCCAAGUGAUCUGGAGGGGGCUGCUGGAGACUGCGGAGUUACCUCCCGGUAACACUCCUUUGACGCAGAUACUCACCCAGGACACUCUGGCGACUCCAGAGCCGGCUAGAUUUUCAUCACAAGCGCAUGAUGGUCUGGAGGGAUUUCCUCUGCAUUGGCUUCGCUGGCUUUGCUGGGCGCCUCGCUGUGAGUGCCCGCAUCCCUUCCCCCACCACUGGAGACAAACCUGGCGGUGCUCUGCGCACGCUCCGGAGCCACGGCCGCACGGCGCCUCCUAGCAACCCGACGCCUAGGGAGAGGAAUGGCCUCGAUGGACCAAGCAGUUGUCACCGAAGCCUCCAGCGCAGCAUUAGAAGACAUCGGGCGCGGAGAACCGAUAGUGUUUGUCAAGCCCCCGAAUACUCCUAUACCUGGCACUUAUCACUUGAAAACUUUUAUUGAAGAAUCCCUAUUAAAUCCAGUGGCAGCAACCUACAAUUUUAAAAAUGAAGGAAGGAAAAAGCCACCUCUUGUGCAAAGAAACAAUCCAGUCUUAAAUGAUCUUCCACUGUACAUGCCUCCUGACUUCCUGGACCUGUUAAAGAAGCAAUCGGCCAGUUACUCCUUCAAAGACAAGCCCCGGCCCAGCCCCAGCACACUAGUUUACAAAGAUAAGUCACUCCAUCUUUACCCAGGGCAGUAUGAGAUUCUUCCUACACCAGUUCCCAAGUACGCUUCCAGGAGCUUUGUAUUUCGUUCUACAGUUCAAAGAUUCCCAACAAUCUACUUUACUCCUCGCGAAGGCCCAGGACCAGGUCACUAUAAUGUAAAAAUACCUUCACCAAGUUCCAUUACUUCUUGUUUUCAAUCCAGAGUACCCCGGUUCAAGCCCAGCUAUUCAAAAACCCCAGGCCCAGGAGCCUAUGUAUCUUCCAUACAGUUCCCUAAGCAGAACCCAACCAUAGCCAAGAUGGGCCGAGAACACAGCCUUUUCUUCAAUAACACGAUUGGCUAUUAAAAUAAAGUGAUAUUGGUGCCAAACCACUUUGAGGUUUUUUUUUUGUUUUUUUUUUAGCAAGUUCUUGGUGUUUAGGGAAACGUGCUUUGCCUGUUCGGUAGAGGGCCUUGGCCUCGGGACAUGAGGAAUUGCCAUCUUUCCUGUUUGUCUUUGAUAGUUGCAGCUUAAUUAUUAACUCACUUCUCAAAAGGGGCCUGGUGUGAAAAAUUUAUCCUGUGCUGCUCUACCUAUUACCCAAGAGCAUGUCCCCAGAGACUGGGCACCAGGAUGCUCUUGCAGUCACCCAGAUGCCCCACAUAUCCAGGCUGUGUGGCCUUGGUCCUUCUACCUUAACAGCAUUAAUGUUGAAAGACCUCCAGGUCCCCUUGAUGACUUCCCUGAAUCAUUGGCAUUCAACCAAGGCCACAGGACUCCAAAAGGUGGCACUUUCUCUUUGUCAACUCCCUGAAAAGAACAAUAUUGAUUCCACUUGAUGAAUACAGUCAGGCGUCAACUAACUCUGUUCAAUGAUGGGCUACGCAUGUAACUGUGGUCCCUGCAGCAUGGAACAGAAAAAUUCCUAUUGCCUAAUAACAUUGUAGUAUAAGACGUCACUCACGUGUUCGUGGUGACACUGGUGUAAGCAAACCUAAGGCACA